CGCACACGCAAACGAGAUUCAACCACCAUCCAUCAUAGAAAAGUUCCAUCUCCAGGCUUGUGGCGUGAGCACACACACAUAAAUAAAAAGUUGAAGAUGCCGUCAAUCUCGAAUACGAAACGAGUAAAGGGUGUCUCUAUCUUCCGGCCUUUCGUUUACGGAUCAAUCGCGACACCUGUCAACCCGGACAGGAAACCGCCAAACCUCCCGCCGGAUCACACACACCAGUGGACCGUCUCGGUGAAGGGGGUCGAUGGCGCCGACAUUUCACACUUCAUCAAAAAAGUACAGUUCAAGCUACACGACACAUAUGCCAACCCUCUACGAACUUGCGAGUCACCGCCAUUCGAGGUAUCGGAAACGGGGUGGGGAGAAUUCGAGAUAGUCAUCAAGAUCUGGUUCGUGCCGGAGUCGGGCGAGAAGCCACAGUCAUGUUUCCACUUCCUGAAGCUGCACCCGUACGUCGGCGACAAAGCGGAGCUCGAGCUCGCGAGGCAACAGCGUCGCCCCGUCCUCUCGUACGUGUACGAUGAACUGGCCUUCAACGAGCCCACGGAAGCCAUGUACGACAUCCUGACCUCCAAGGGGUCUGCAAGGCUUCCCAGCCGCGCGAGGGGUGCUCGUGGUGAGUUCACGGAGGAAUCGGAGGCCAUGGAACUUGACCGCCUCAAUGCAGGCAUUCAGAUCGUCAGGGAGCAUAUUGACAAGGCGAGGGAAAGCUUGGUGGCCAAGGAGAAGGCCGUUGCCGAACUCAAAGCGGAGCGCGAGAAGAAGUAAAUGACCUGUGGUCUAAUUACUACUGCUGAGUUUUUCUUCUUCCUUCCUGGAUGUGGUGGGCGAGGUACAGAGGUAGGGUUGACAGUUGUUCCUAUUUGAAAGGAAGAAGGAAAAGAAAAGAAAAAACCCGCAACUCGUAUCCAAAUCGAUCCCAAUCGAUCAUGAUUUCCUCUUUUGUGGCGUUUCCAAAGUAUUUUUUUCACUUACCUGUUGAAAUGACCCCUCCUCCUACCGGUAUUCAUAUCCGUUUGGCUUUACCAUUAUCAUUAUAAUACCCCCAAUCCCGCUUUUCACCUUGAUCACUCACUCUCCAGGAUGUUUUAUAAUAGAUACUUUUGUUUUCACCAACAACCCUUGUGUUUUUUUUUUUGUUUUUUUUCCUCGUCUCCGCCCCCUUCCUCCUCCGGUCAUCACCGACUGACCGGGUCGGGUUUCAGCUUAGCCUCCUCAUCUUCCUUUC